CACGGUUUGUUGUAGUUGGGGGGAUUAUGUACAUGUGACCCCCAUGUAGGUGCGUGAUUCCGCGGAUGCAAUCACCACAAAUGUCUCUGAUGUAGUUGUAGAUGCGGUGGUGUAGCUUAUUCUGGACAGAUGUGUCCUGCUCUCUUAUGUCUUCUAUUUCUCAACUGUGUCCUGUUUACAUUGUAAUUUCCCCAAGAAUUCCCAUAGUUUCUAUGUGUACUUUGCAGUGUAUCCCCCCCCCCCCCCCCCCCCAAUUUUUACAGUGUAUUUUCUUGAUUCAGUUAUGUAAUUCCUGAAUUUAUGGCUCUCAGUGCACCCCUACUUUUAUACUGUAAUCGUCUUGCUUAGUUUAUGUAUUUAUAAUGUAUUUUUUGCGCCUUUUUUGUAGUGAAAUGUUCAUGCUUUAGAUAUGUAAUUAUCAGGUUUAGAUUUACGGAUUUGCUAUUUUACACUCGAAUGGAUGUAUCUAGCACUGUUUUUGCAAGAACUUUCUGGUGAUGAAGGAGGUUUUGACAAAGCUCUUUUGAAGUUCUAUAUGAAUCAAAAAGUAAAAUGCUUGAAUAGGAAAUUAUCAUCUGCUGGGAGAAGGAAUGUGGAACCUCGUAAUGUCUUCUUCGUCGAGGAAUCCAUUGUCUCCGUCUUGUACAUGCGAGUCAUCUGGUUCUUUCCAUUCUCCUUCAUUAUUGUGGGAUUAAAUUCUGCUCUGCCAUCUUCGCUUGCUGUUGCUACGGCAAUGCAUUUCUUCCAAUGUCUGCAGAGUAAGUUAAAAUAUUUUCCAUGUAAGAGAUGAAGCCGGUGAAGGGGUUGAAGAAUUGGGGUAGGAGUAGAAGUGCUCCUGAUCCCCUGAUCUGGGGAUCGUCUCUUGAGUGAUUUUCCUAUGAUCUCCCCCAAUGUUUGGUUGAUGUUCUCUUGAGUAGAAGUGCUCCAGGUUCAGUUGAAACCGGGUCAGAGUUUAACCCGACCUGUUUUGUUAGAAAUACAGAACAUACAGG